AUGGGUGGUAUCCCUUGGCAGUCCAAGGCCUGUCAAACUUGUAAAAGGCGUAAAAUCAAGUGUGACAGACAAGAGCCAGGAUGUGGACAAUGCAUCAAACGCGGCGUGAAUUGUGGAGGAUAUUCAGGAAUGCGCAUUUUCAUCCAUGAAGCCCCGAGGAUGCGAAUAAAUUCUGGGGCCAAAGCCCAUACCCAGAUUAACCGAGAAACACAAGCUCAAAUCGUUAACAGAAACGGGUUGCAAUCGCUCGAUUGUGGGCCUGCAAUGCGCGAGCAAGUCUUCUCGUCUUACGUCGAUAUUUUUUUCCCUACUCAAGCCUUUUCCUCCGUGGAUCUCUGGUACUAUCUGAUCUCCAGCAUUUCUGCGCUCCCUCAAAAGUCAAUAAUGCUCGAAUAUGCUAUCUCGGCAAUAGCAUGUAUUUAUUGGGGUAAACUCAAUCACGACAAGCGGGUAUUCCAGCACGGCAUUCAGCUAUAUAAUGUUGCAAUACGACAUGUGUCAAAUAUGAUAACCAGGGAUGCUUAUUGUGACGACAUUAUCUACGCCACGGUUAUUUUCCAGGAAAUAGAGACAUGCUAUUGUCCCCACGACCUCCAAGCGUGGAUGGCUCAUAUCGCAGGAACUAAUGCUAUCCUGAGUCACUGCCGUGAGAGAGCAGAAAGAGGACCGCUAGUCAAUGCUAUCUAUCAGGAGCAUCAGAAGCUACAGACUGUCAUCGUCGCUUUCCAAAUUUCACUAGGUGGUUCGAUGGACCUGUCUCAAUUAUUCUCGACGAGAGGCAGCACUUUAUUCGAAGCCUUCGAAUAUAUGGUUCGGCCCUGUGAAGCCAACCCAGUCGUUGACUUGCUCAACAUUUUUGCCGGAUUUGCGCCCUUGGCCACCGCCAUUGCCAAGGUCGAUUCUCCAAAUCAUAAUGCAUGCCAAGCACUGCUAGAUAAAUGUCUCGCACAUAAGAAGAAGUUGAUGGCAUGGUUUCGAGGAAACAUUCAUGGAGGGGCUUUCCCAUGUUCGCCAGGAGAAGUAUUACGUUCAAGUCUUCCUGUGGCAGAUCAUCUGUUUGGAAAGCCCUAUUGCUUCCCAUCGCUUGACAUUGCGAGGCUACAUAUCAUGUUCUGGACUUUAUCUUCCAUUGUCCACCCCUGA